AUGUCGAACCAAAACAACAUCUCCAUCGCCAUGACCAACCGGUCUCUGCGGAACAUCAGAACUGAACUCGAAUUUCUUGCCGACUCCUCCGUCAUCACUCCUGCACAGUUGUCAUCCAUCCUCGAACAGCUACCUAGUCAGACACAGCUGCACGCUCCAUUACAUCAGCCCGUUACUGAGUCAACAUUUUCCCCCCCAGCUGCCCAACUAUCUCGAGUCAGCCUGAACGAGAAGGCUGAGAGCCCAUACUCAAGCCCCCCGCCGCCGCCCACGUAUUCUUCCGCUCCUCCCGUACUCUCUCUUGCUUCGGCUCUUUACGCCUAUACUCCAACUGAUGCCGGAGACUUGGCACUGCAGCCUAACGAUCGAAUUCAGGUUCUCGAGCAUAUGAACAAUGACUGGUGGCGUGGUAGGAACGAGCGAACUCACCUUGAGGGUAUCUUCCCACGAACCUACGUUAGCGUAAUCGAGGAGAAGCCCAUCAUCCAUUCUCCCCAGCCCAUCAGCUACAACAACAUGCCCCUUGAGAUAUCACAGUCCGGCUCAUCGUCCCACGGAAAAGUUCCUAGCAAAUUCGAGGAGAACGGCAAGAAAUUCGGAAAGAAAAUGGGCAAUGCUGCUAUCUUUGGUGCUGGCGCCACCAUUGGCUCAAACAUUGUCAACGGUAUCUUCUAA